GUGCACCAUGGUGGUGGCACACCCCAUGGCCACUGCCACUGCCACGCCUGCCACCACGGUCACAGCCACCGUGGUGAUGACCACAGCCACCAUGGACCUGCGGGACUGGCUGUUCCUGUGUUACGGGCUCAUCGCCUUCCUGACAGAGGUCAUCGACAGUACCACGUGCCCCUCUGUCUGCCGCUGUAACAACGGCUUCAUCUACUGCAACGACCGGGGGCUCACCUCCAUCCCCGCCGACAUCCCUGACGAUGCCACCACCCUCUACCUGCAGAACAACCAUAUCAACAACGCUGGCAUCCCCCAGGACCUCAAGACCAAGGUCAGCGUGCAGGUCAUCUACCUGUAUGAGAACGACCUGGAUGAGUUCCCCAUCAACCUACCCCGCUCCCUGCGGGAGCUGCACCUGCAGGACAACAAUGUGCGUGCCAUCGCCCGUGACUCGCUGGCCCGCAUCCCGCUGCUCGAGAAGCUGCACCUGGAUGACAACUCCGUGUCCACCGUCAGCAUCGAGGAGGACGCGUUCGCCGACAGCAAGCAGCUCAAGCUGCUCUUCCUCAGCCGCAACCACCUGAGCAGCAUCCCGCCAGGGCUGCCGCACACGCUCGAGGAGCUGCGGCUGGACGACAACCGCAUCUCCACCAUCCCGCUGCACGCCUUCAAGGGCUUGCGCAGCCUGCGGCGUCUGGUGCUGGACGGCAACCUGCUGGCUAACCAGCGCAUCGCUGACGACACCUUCAGCCGCCUGCAGAACCUCACGGAGCUGUCACUGGUGCGCAACUCGCUGGCCGCGCCGCCCCUCAACCUGCCCAGCGCCCACCUGCAGAAGCUCUACCUGCAGGACAACGCCAUCACCCACAUCCCCUACAACACGCUGGCCAAGAUGCGUGAGCUGGAGCGGUUGGACCUGUCCAACAACAACCUCACCACACUGCCCCGCGGCCUCUUUGACGACCUGGGCAACCUGGCCCAGCUGCUACUCAGGAACAACCCCUGGUUCUGUGGUUGCAACCUCAUGUGGCUGCGGGACUGGGUGAAGGCACGGGCCACUGUGGUCAAUGUGCGGGGUCUCAUGUGCCAGGGCCCCGAGAAGGUCCGGGGCAUGGCCAUCAAGGACAUCACCACCGAGAUGGAUGAGUGCUCCGAGGCUGGGGCUCAGGGCGGUGCAGCCGGCGUGGCCAGCACUGCUGCCAAGACCACAGCCUCCAACCAUGCCGCUGCUGCCGCUGCUGCAGCCACCACACCCCAGGGCUCACUGUUCACGCUCAAGGCCAAGAGGCCGGGGCUGCGCCUCCCUGACUCCAACCUUGACUACCCCAUGGCCACAGGCGACAGUGCCAAGACCCUGGUGAUCCACGUGAAGCCACUCACAGCAGAUUCCAUCCGCAUCACGUGGAAGGCCACACUCCCAGCCUCCUCCUUCCGGCUCAGCUGGCUACGCCUGGGCCAUAGCCCGGCUGUGGGCUCCAUCACCGAGACCUUGGUGCAGGGGGAUAAGACUGAGUACCUGCUCACGGCCUUGGAGCCCAAGUCUACCUACAUCAUCUGCAUGGUCACCAUGGAGACCAGCAAUGCCUACGUGGCAGAUGAGACACCUGUGUGUGCCAAGGCGGAGACAGCUGACACCCACAGCCCUGCCACCACACUCAACCAGGAGCAGAAUGUGGGCCCUAUGGCAGGACUGCCCCUGGCGGGCAUCGUUGGUGGUGCCGUGGCCCUGGUCUUCCUCUUCCUGGUCCUGGGGGCCAUCUGCUGGUAUGUGAACCGGGCCGGUGAGCUGCUGGGCAGGGAGAGGGCCUACAACCGGGGCAGCAGGAGAAAGGAUGACUAUAUGGAGUCAGGGACCAAGAAGGAUAACUCCAUCCUGGAGAUCCGUGGACCCGGGCUGCAGAUGCUGCCCAUCAACCCGUACCGCACCAAAGAGGAGUAUGUGGUGCACACCAUCUUCCCCUCCAAUGGCAGCAGCCUGGGCAAGGGCACACACACCAUCGGCUACGGCGCCACACGGGGCUACCGUGAUGGUGGCAUCCCUGAUGCUGACUACUCCUACACAUGA